CCAUCAUCUCCUCCCUGCCUCGCAUCAUCUACCUCUUCACCUUCCUCUCUGCUGCAUUAUUCUUUUCCUCUCACUCUUUUUUCCAUUUUUCUUCCUCCCUUUCUAUUCCCAUCUCCAUCUCCUCUUCACAACCUCCCUACCUUCCUGCUUCCCUUCCUUCCUUCCGGCUGGCUGGUUUUCCCAGGAUGCCUUGUUCCAGGCCACUUCGCUAGGCCCUAGCAGCAUGGGCGGAGCCUGGGUGGGGAGAGAGAGCACGGAUUGGACCCUUCCCCUCAGGACGGGCGCGCUGGCGGGUCACCCUCCCUCAGCUUCAGAUGGGCGAGGACGCUGAGAGCCCCAAAAUCAACCACACCUUCCUGCGAGACUACGUCACUGAAGCUGAUGUCAUCUCUACAGUGGAAUUUAACCAGACAGGGGACCUGCUGGCCACAGGGGAUAAAGGUGGCCGAGUGGUCAUCUUUCAGAGAGAGACUGAGUCUAAAGGGGAUUCAGAGGAGGUGGGGGAAACGGGUGAUUCAGGGGAGUACAAUGUCUACAGCACGUUCCAGAGCCAUGAGCCGGACUUUGACUACUUGAAAAGUCUAGAAAUCGAAGAGAAAAUCAACAAGAUCCGAUGGCUAUCACAGCAGAAUGCAGCACACUUCCUCCUUUCCACCAAUGAUAAGACCAUUAAACUGUGGAAGGUGAGUGAGAGAGACAAGAGGCCAGAGGGAUACAACCUGAAAGAUGAGGAGGGACGGCUCAAGGACAUCUCUACCAUCACCUCUCUGCAGGUCCCAGUACUGAAACCCACUGAUCUGAUGGUAGAGGUUCGACCUAGGCGAGUUUUCUCCAAUGGACAUACCUACCAUAUCAACUCCAUCUCAGUCAACAGUGAUGGUGAGACGUACCUGUCUGCGGAUGACCUCCGCAUCAAUAUGUGGCACCUGGGCAUCACAGAUCGCAGCUUCAAUAUCGUCGACAUCAAACCGGCCAACAUGGAGGAUCUAACAGAGGUGAUAACAGCAGCAGAGUUCCACCCGCACCACUGUCACUUGUUUGUGUACAGCAGCAGCAAAGGCACGCUGCGCCUCUGUGACAUGAGAGCAUCCGCACUCUGUGACAAACACACCAAACUGUUUGAGGAGCCAGAGGAUCCAGGGAGCCGCUCCUUCUUCUCAGAAAUCAUUUCCUCUGUGUCUGAUGUCAAGUUCAGCCACAGUGGACGCUACCUGCUGACCAGAGACUACCUCACCGCCAAGGUGUGGGACCUGAACAUGGACAAGGGCCCAGUGGAGACAUACCAGGUUCAUGAAUAUCUGAGGAGCAAGCUGUGCUCCUUGUAUGAAAACGACUGCAUCUUUGACAAGUUUGAGUGUGUUUGGAACAGUUCAGACAGCGUGAUCAUGACAGGUGCCUAUAACAGCUUCUUCCGCAUGUUCGACCGGGAGACAGGGCGAGGUGUAACCCUGGAAGCAUGGCGAGAAAGCAGCAAACCUAGAGCUGUGCUGCGGACCCGGCGUGUUUACACUGGUGGUAAGCGUCGCCGUGGAGAUGUGGGCGUUGAUAGCCUGGACUUCACCAAGAAGAUCCUGCACAUGGCCUGGCACCCAGCGGAGAAUAUCAUCGCCAUAGCAGCCACUAACAACCUGUACAUCUUUCAGGACCGCGUCAGCCCUGACACACAGGGACAGUGACGAGAAACAAGAAUGUGGACCAUAGCAGAGACAGCAACACAAAAGUACUUGGAUGUUUUGAGGAUGGCAUGGGGAUCUGAAAGCCUUCACAACAUGUUUUUGUUGAUAUUGAUUGCAUUAUUGAUGCAGAUGACAAGAAGAUUAAUUUUUUGAUCCCCCAGGAAGAUGUCAAAUGAUUUUUUGGUGAACUGACGUCUCCAGCAGCCAUCAGGACACUUUUUUCUUCCUACUUCUUCCUCUUUUUGAAGACUUUUGUGUGACUGCCCAACUGUAGGGGCAGUAAAAAGAGGUGCGGGGACACCUCUCCAUCUGCUUUGACAUCCACACAAUGUUGCACUCCUCCUCACUAAUGUAAUCCACGGCAUUGUGACACAAAAUGGAAGACAAGUUUUAGGUAGCAACAAAGAAAGCCCUUGGUUAUAUGCCAUAUUUCCAGUGACUUUGCCAGCCAGUUCAUCUAAAUUGAAGCAUUUUUCAAUAUUGUGGAACAUUCUGAGUAAUGUUAUUGUACAGCUUUUCACAACAACAUCCUCAACCUUGUUUUUUCAUUGCUCAGCUGCAAAAAACAGCUGAUUCUCUCCUUUGGAGCAGUGCUCUUGGAGAUUGCACGCAUUAAAUGAUCCCAGAUCUUUGGCCCUAUUCACUUUGCAAUAACAGCACUAAGAAAACACAGUGCAGCAGUUUUCCGGCUUUGAAACAUGAGCUCUUCUUCUACUACAGGUAUACAUACACUCUUUAUACUGCUAGCUGUAAAUAUUCUAUGUUCUUUUUUUAAGUGAGCUACCAGUUUUGGUUCUUGAGAGCUAAAAAAGGUAAAGAUGGAGUUUCAGUUAGUGCACUGCAGGUGAUCUUGUAGAAAGAAAGCUGGUGAAACUUCUAGAUACAGGUUCAACAGAGGGUUUAUUGUUUGUAGUGGUACAUUUAAAGGUAUUGCUGGUUGUAGAAAGGGAGGCGCUGGUUGUGCACAAACCAACACGUUGUUUGUUUUGUGUCAUUGAGAUCUAUUUCUUUUUUCCUAAGGUCUGCAUACCCGUAUUGGGAAUCAUUGAAAAGGAGAGUUAAUACUGACCUCUUAUAGAAAUGCUCAAAUCAUGGCUGGGAUGAUUGGUAGGGUUGAUAACAACCUCACAAUUCUAUCACAGAUCAACACAAAUAUGGACAAUUUUACGCCAUUAGAUAAAAAAAUAUAGACUGGAGCCAGCAGGGGGCGUUAUCUGCUUAUGUCCUCAUAUUCUGUGUCAGUAGCUGAAGUAUAGCAGAGUACAGACAUGGUAGAAAAAAGUGAAAAUUUCAAGGUUUGCAAUGCGUUGUUCCAAAGCAGGAGUGUAACACCUGAGGUUGGCAGAACGCAGACUAAAGAAAGCAAAUAUUGCAACAGGCUGAUGAACAAUACUAAUAGCACAGCUAAAGAAAAUAUGCAAAUAAUUAACAAACACUGCGAGGCUGAAUCGAAACCCUGCUUUCUUAAACGAGUGCAAGAGCCAAAGAGUUUACAACAUGAUUGGUAUUAUAGGGAUUGGGGUUGAUCAUUAAAACCCUAGAACUCUUCCAUAAAUUUUAAAAAUGGAAUGAAAAGUUAUAAUAGGAGUUGAAACAUAAGUAAAACAUAUCUUGAUAUACAUUAUAUCACAAGUUAAGUGUUAAUUACAUCCCUACUGAUUUAGGAUAAAAUCCAAUAUAAAGCAAAAGUUAAAUUUACCUUCAAUUUCAUGCUAAUGCAAAUUGAACUAUGAUCAUUUUAUGCAUAAGCACAUUCUGGAGAAGUAUACUACAAUCAAGAAAAGAUUGAUUUUAAGCACAUGGUUGAAAAGUGAGGCCCCCAGCUUAGCAACAAAGUUUUGAUAAGUUAGCACAAGUCAGCUUGUGUCCAGUGUAUUUGGAGAUCAGAGGUUAAUGUCAGUGCAAUAUCACAUUAUAUACAUUGCUUAAAUGUCUUUUACAUAAAAAAUGCCAUUUGAAUUUAUCACAGCUUCUAAAUGUCAUUAUAAUGUAUACCUCACAGCGCCACAUGCUACUCUGGAGUGUGAAACUGAAACUUAGGAUGUACAGCAGUAAGGUUGUGUCUGUGUUGGACUGUGACAUGGUCAAGAUUUGAUUGUUGACAGUGAAGUGCUUUGUUUUUAAGUGACCUUGGCCCUGAUUAGAUUAUUAUUUGGGGUCUAGAUAUGAUGUGAGGCAAUUGGAUUGAUAAAAUAUUUGCAAAGAGGUUACAACGAUCAGAUCCCUUCACAUUUUCUUGCAAAAAUUGCCAAGCAAUGUUUUCAAUGUUUAAACAUAACCCAACGAGAAAAAAGAAAGAUGUUUAAAUGUGUUCCAUUUGUCUGCUCUCUCUUCACCAUCACCUCCUUCAGUUAUAAAAUCUGCUUUCAGAGACAUUUAUGUUACAGCUGUUGGGCUUGUUGCUACACUUGGAGGAGCAGCUGCUAUGUUUUGGUCUUUAAUGUCCGCCAGUGUUAUUGAAUGCAGACACAAUCUUGCACUGAUUUGUCUAGAAAGUGUUCAAAUCAGCAAAAAUCACAGUGACAAAACCCACAAAAACUGGUUUACAUAGUUACAGUCCAUCAAAAACUUGAUGUAAUUUCCAGGGCUCAGUCCUCCUGACAGUGAGCUGUAGUUUAGAGCAGGUCAGAUGUAAUCGCAUUAGAACCAUCACCACAUACAGCCAGUGAGGGGAGGAUUUGUGUUCAGGAGCACAGCAGCAGCAGCAGCAUGACGCCAUUACUCAAAGCUACUAGCGUGUAUAUCUAUCAUACUUUAAAAAAAGACAAAUCUAACAAUACAAAAA